AUGGGCUCCGACAGUGAUGACGAGCUGACUCUCUCGUCGUCCACCAUCGGCGCCCUUAAGGACUUCUACAAGGAGCGUGAUGAGCGCGAGAAGCGGUUUGCCGACUUGCAAGCGGUUGCAGAGGCCGCCUCCAAGGCCAAGGCGGCGGCAGAUGCCGAGGCAGCCCUCCCGGAUCUCACCAUGGCCUCAUUCACCGAAGACUGGAACGAGUCUCAGUUUUGGUACUCGGAUGAAACAGCCACUGUCCUGGCGCGGCAGCUGCUAGACGGCACCGAUGCCUCUUCUCUUAUUGUCGUCGUCUCUACACCGAGCGUCUUUAUUAUGCUUAAGAACAUUGCCAAAACUAUCUCGGCCGAGUCCCGGCCACGGAUGCUGCUCCUCGAGCACGACAAGCGUUUUGCCGUCUUUGGAGACGAGUUCAUCUUUUACGACUUUAAUGAGCCCACAAAUCUGCCAGCGGCCCUUCGUGGCACGGCCGAUCGCCUCAUCUGCGACCCGCCGUUUCUCAGUGAAGACUGCCAGACAAAGACCGCCCUGACGUUGCGCUGGAUCGGCAAGCCCGGCCCGAAGACGCGUAUUAUUUCGUGUACUGGCGAGCGCAUGGCCGAGCUGAUCACGACCAAGCUGUACAAGGCGCAGGGCGUGCGGAUUACGACAUUCUUGCCGCAACACUCGAACGGACUAAGCAACGAGUUCUUGUCGUACGCCAACUUUGAAUGUGCCGACUGGAAGUUCCGGGAUGCGUAG